AUUACUGGCUAUUAUGAUUUAUUACUCCGAAGAAGUAAAUCGUUUCUUUGAUAUCAUGAAAAUUUAACAAAUUUCAAUUUCUAUUGUUUCGAUCAGUUAAUAACAAUACUGACUCUGUUAAGCAUUGUUUAAGCUUUGGUUUUCGAUACAAAUAAAUGAAAUAUGAAGCCGAUCGAGUUUUGAUUUUAGUAAAAAAAUAAAUAUGUGUUUUAGAAUUAAUUCGUAAUGUAGAAAAGAAUUACUCACGAUUUGUUCAGUCUAGAUCUCGUCAGAUUCGAGUUGACUAUAGAUUCAAUUAUCAAAAAGUGUCUAAUUGAAUCCAUCUAUGAAAAUAUUAUCUACCUUUUUCGCAUUUGUGACAAACAACUCGAUGAAUAUCGGUUUUUUUUAAAUAAUUUUUCUUUCUUCUUAAUUGAAAAUCUAUUAUAGAGUUUAAAAUUUCCAAAAUCAUAUCCAAAAAAGUCUCAUCUAAACAUUCAAAAUACAAUGUAAAAAUUUUGUUGUAGAAACAGAAAAACAUAUUAGUCAUUCUGUCUUCAAUCAUAAUUGAGAUAAGGGAUUGAGUGCACUGACGCAUACUGCAUGAAUAAAACGAAUAAAUGUGCAUGUCGACACGUAGCGAAUAUGCAGGAGCAAAGAAGAUAAUAGAAAACAAAAAAAUGAAAACAAGUAAGUAUUCUUAUUGAAAAAAUAACAAAUAUUUAUAAAGAUCUCUUUAAAUUAUAAUAAAUAUGUCCUUGAUCUCAUUCCACAGAUAGUUGUGAAAUUAUACGUGAAGUAUACUCUAGUGAAAAUAGUCAAGAUGAUGAUAAAGAGAAAUGUUGUUGUUGUUAUUGUUUAAGAGAUUGAAGAAAAAAGAAAAGCUUUUUGGAUGUUUUCAUUAAAUAGAUCAAAUUUCAAUUUAAUAUUAAGAAUAUACUCAUGUAAAUUUCUAUCGACAAUUUUUUUCCUCUUCUUGAAUAAAUAUUUAAUAUCGAAAUUUUUUGUUUUUUUUUUUUUUGUUCAAUUAUUUUAAAAGAAAAAAAAUUUGAAAAUAAUUCAUUUUAGGAUUGUGAUGAUGCUGUUGAAAAACUUCAUAAACUUAAUUUAAGUAAAGUACAAGAACGAGAAAUAAUUCAUGUUACAGUUCAUUGUUGUUUACAUGAAAAAACUUAUAAUCCAUAUUAUACAUUAAUUUUACAACGAUUUUGUGGAUAUGAUCGUCGUUUUCAAAUAUCUUUACAAUAUCAUACAUGGGAUAGAUUUAAAGAUCUUUCAUUACUUAAUAAACAACAAUUAGUAAAUUUUAGUUCUGCACUUUCUCAAUUAUUAAUAUCAAAAUCAUUAACAAUCAAUAUAUUUAAAAAUUUCAAUUUCAUCGAAUUAACAUCAUCAGCACGAACAUUUCUGGUUGAAUUGUUUGUUAAAUUAUUCAAUGAAAUUGAUGAUGUAUCAUUAAAAAAUAUUUUUCAAUUUUCAUCAACACAAAAUUAUAAAUUUGUUAAAGAUGCUCUUAGAUUAUUUCUUUCUCAUUUCAUUUUAAAAAAAUCAAAUCAUUCAGAAUUAGUUCAUCGUCGUUGUCAGAUUGCUUUUGAUCAGUUGUCAAUUGAAUAA